AUGUGGGACCCACUCCGUGCACUGGGCGCUCUCACCGCUGCAUGGCUUCUGCUGAGGGUGGCAUGGGGAGUGGGCCGCUUGGUCUAUGUCUACCUACUGCCCUGGGCUUGUCGGGGUGACUCUUGGAUCCGGGCACAGGGAGCCUGGGCAGUGGUGACAGGAGCCACAGGUGGUAUAGGCCGGGCCUACGCACACCAGAGAAGCAGAAGAGGUCUGAACAUUGUCCUCAUCAGUCGAGACAUGAACAAAUUGGAAAAGGAGGCAAAGGAGAUUGAGCGGCUUCAUGGUACGGACACACGUGUCAUCCAGGCUGACUUCACUGGGGGCUUGGAGAUCUACGGGGCCAUUGAGGAAGGGCUGAAGGGCCUGGACAUUGGAGUACUGGUGAACAACGUGGGUAUGAGUUACUCUUCGCACUUCAGGAAACUGCUGGACUGUGAGAACCCAGCCCAGAGGCUCUCGGAUAUUGUGAACUGCAACGUGAUGUCCGUGGUCCAGAUGACCAGAAUCGUGCUGCCCCAGAUGGUCUCCAGGCACAGGGGGAUCACCGUCAAUGUCUCUUCUAUGACCGAAAACCACCCCUGGCCAUUCUUUGCCACCUACUCAGCCACAAAGGCCUUUGUGCAAAGAUUCUCCGCUGCAGUAGGCGCUGAGUAUCUCUCUGAAGGUGUCACCGUGCAGACCGUGAGCCCAGGUGUGGUCUCCACAAACGUGAGUAAGCACCCCAAAACCGGAUUAGUGGUGAAAGAUCCCCAAGACUGGACUGAGCAGGCGGUGCACACCCUUGGCCUCUCCUCGCACGCCUCCGGGUGCCUCAGCCACGAGGUGCAGCACUCGCUGGGCAUCAGAACUGUUGAAACUGCUGACAUCUUCCAAGGAAAAAGCCUAGGACAGGAGGUGACGUAG